AUGGCAACUGCUUCACAAAUAUCUUCUCAUUGUUUUGUUCAAUGGGAAGAUAACAAAAAUGCAUAUGCUGUUGUACAUGCUAAGCGUGCAAAGACAUCAUUCACAUUAAAAGUUGGUUUAAUAACAUUAUUUGAAGGAAACAAUCGAGAUCGUCGGCGUGGUAAAAUACUGUAUAUGGGUGCAAAAAGCGAUUGUACUGUAUUUAGUUUCGAUUUUGAACAACAGGAUACACAUGUUAAUACGUAUUCUUGGAGUUUAGCACCUGGGCUUUCAGAGCAUAUCGAAGAGACAGCAAAAGCUAUCAAAAAUUUUGCUAGUGGAAACUUACAUCGAACAGCAUCUUCAUCUUCAAUAAAUUCAACAACUGUGUCAAAAGGUAAAAAGAAGGUGAAUAAUAAGCAACAGCACACAACUGAUAAUUCUACAAUAACCAAUGCUAAUAUGGCACCUACAUCACCACCUGCGCCUACACCAGUUAUAGUUUUGCCUGGUUCAACUUUAUCUACCAUUACCAUUGAUGAUGACGAUCAACCGUCACGCUGUAACGAUCAACAGUUAUCUAAUACUACUAAUGCACAUACAAAUUCAACUAAAACUAAGAAAACAGCAGUAUCAUAUGAUAUUGAUAGUCUUCUUCAAGAAAAUAAUGCCUUACGUGAAAAAAUUAAUGAACUGGAAGAACAAUUAAUGUUUCAACGGGAAACAUCAAUUCCUUUUCCAAAUGAAUCGUCUUACAACUAUUUGAAAGGUAUAUGUUCAAUGUAUGAUCAAUCCCAAAGGGAAGAAAAUAAAAAAUUGGUUGAAUUAUCUAAUAAAUUGCCCUGCAGUGACAUUGAAAUAAAAUUAGCUAAAAAGUCGAGUCCUGCUGCUACAAUCAAUAAUUUGAUCAAGUGUUGUUUUAAAGAUAUCGAAUUAGUUGAAAUGUCGUAUGAAAAAUUAAAAACGAAGGAUGCAUCAUUACUAAAGGAUAUACAUGAAUUGGUUAAUUGUUUACAUGCACCAACGAGUAUAUCUCAGUCAAUGUUCUCUGGUACAAUAUCACUGAAGUGCCGUCAUCUUCGUGAAAAUCAACCAUUAAUGAAAAAUGAUAAACCAACGACAGUAUUUGCGCCUGAUACAGACUCAGUUGAUUUUAAUAUCGUCGAUGGUAAUUCAGUUAACCGUCGUUCUUGUCCAACAUCGUCCGAUAUUGCCGCGUCUAUGAUGAUCUUCAAAGUUAGGCGCUUGCAAAAUAAUAGAGAUAUUGAUCUUAUCUGCAAAUUAUUGAAUACAUUUAAUAUUAAAAAUGUGCCAAUAAGCAUGAAAUCUGUAGAAACAAAAAUACAUCGUAAAUUUAAUUUAAAAGAAUAUUUUAAAUGUUAUUACAUUUGCUCGGAAUGCGGAUCAUCAAACACUAAUUAUUCGAAAAAAUGUCCAAGUUGUGAUGUUUCAAAUUUAGUAGAGUUUUAUCUUUAUCCUGUCAAACAACAAAUACAACAAUUACUAUUAGUAAAAGGAUUUUAUGAAAAGUUAAAAAGUGAAAAAAAGAAAAAUAUACUUUCAUUUUCGGACACAACAUAUGGACAAAUACUUAAAGAGAUUUCAGAUGAUUCUUUCACGAUGACAAUAAACUGUGAUGGAGUAUGUACUCCAAACAAAACCUUACAAUUGUGGCCAUUCGUUUUAAUGUUGAAUGAAAUUGCAAUACCUGAUCGUCGUUAUUUAGAGAACGUUCUAAUAGCUGGCAUUAUACCAGCGACGAAAAAACCAACACAUGUUGUUUUUGAAACAUGCUUGACAUUGAUCUGUGAUGAUCUAAUGAAAUUAGAAUCAGGACAGUGUUUUUAUGUUAAUGAUCUAGAUCAACGAAUAGUCGUUAAUCUUUUUACAAUAGCUAGUUGCACCGAUAAGCCUGCCGAAGCACUAAUGCAAAACGUGGUCCAGUAUAACAGCGAAUAUGGUUGCCCGAAAUGCUUCUGUACAGGCAAACUUUAUUAUGGAACUCGAGGUACUGGUGCAAAAGAAAAAUCAUUCACUAUACGAGUUUAUCCAUUUGGAAAUUAUGUACUUCGAUGUCAAGAAAUUUCUUCAAAAAUAAUUCAAGACGUUUACGAUAUAAAUAAAUCAAAAGGAAAAACAUUCGAUAAACCUCAAGUUAAAAAGGGUUCAAAACCAAAAGAAAUAUUAGUCAAUCAUUUUGGUCAUCUAGGAUUUUGUCCUUUAACAAAAUUGAAAUAUAUGAAUUAUGGAACAUCUUUCUUAACUGAUUCUUUACAUACAAUCUAUGGAGGAGCUUUUAAAAGACUACUGACCUUACUUUUUGAUCGUCAAUAUCGAAAUGAACAAUGGUCAUUAUUUAAGAAACUUGAUCAUAUUGAUGAACUAUUAUGCCACAUUAAGAUUCCAUCAACAACACAGCGUAGGUUCAGGUCAAUUAAAUUAAUCUCUAAAUUUAAGGCAAGUGAAUUUAGAACAUUAUUUCAUUUUGGAAUACCAGUAAUAGUACGUUGUAUGGGGAAAAAAGCACAUAAAGUGUUAUUAUUAUCUUUUUUAACAGCAAUAAAUCUUGCUUCAUCAGAAUGCAUUACAGUUGAAACAAUAAAUCUAGUAAAAGAACUUUUACAUUAUUUUGUCGAACAGUAUCAAAAUGUUUUUGGUUUACGACAUAUGACUUCCAAUAUACAUUCUCUAUUACAUGUUAAUGAAAGCUUGAAAUAUAUUGGACCACUAUGGAUGUAUUCAACUUUUAACUAUGAAGGCAUUGAUAAAGAUUUAAUCAGUACAGUUCAUGGUACUAUUCAAUUCGCCAAACAAUUGAUACGACAGCAUGUUUUAUUUCGAGAUGCUAUAAUUGCUCAUCGAAAUUUUUCUUAUCCACUUUCAUUGUUCACAUUUAAUGAACAACUCUUGAACAGAAAAGCGUCAUUGUUCAAUUAUCGAAAUAUUGCUGAUGGAUGUAGAAUGCCAAAGCCUGUUUCAUCAAAAUUAUAUGAUGAAAGUGAAAAUGGAAUAGCUACCAUCGUACAGUCAUAUUUUAACGAUCCUGUUAUAUUUUUCCAUUCUGUUAAGAUCGGAAAUCUUUUGUUGAAAACAACUACAAUUUCUUAUGGCAAGCUAUUUGCUGAUAACUGUGUAUCGUUUUAUUUUUCUGGCAAACAACAAAAAAUGGGUCUUAUACAAGCUAUUGUGAAAUCAAAUGAUGAUAAUGUUAGAGUUCUAAUUGAAGAACUUAUUGAAAAGCCAACAAAUUCUUCAAAACUGAAAAUCAAACUGAACAACAAGUGUAUAGAAAUUCCAAAUACAUUUAUUUUAUAUAGAUCACAUAUUUACCAUCUUAAACAUCCAAAGUGGGUGAUAAAAAAACAUGGGAUGAUUUUUAGACCUGGUAAUUGUGUAGUUGUACUAGAGUAUCCAAAUUUAAAAGAUAAUAGUUGA